AACCGACGCAGCCGAAGCCAGUCCCGCCGCUGACGACGAUAGAUGAUGAUGGGUCAGCUGGGAGUCGGAGGAGGGGCUCCUCCGGAGCGAGAGGGCUCGAGUGAGCGAGCGAUCAAGAGUCGGCCGACGAGCACCCUGGGCCGGGUGCUCAUCCCCGCCGACUCUGGCUACACCCGACGCAACCAUCAUCCAUUCGUCUCUUCUCUCGAUCCGGCUAUCGCUUCUUUUACUUCCUCUUCCUCUUCUUCUACUAUUUCAAAGAAGAAUAACCCGGCCAGGGUCGAUGGAUCCUCGCUCCUCUCCUCCUCGACUACCGUCUCCGACACCCUUCACUCCUCCGACAAGUCCCCCACUCCCACCCCCCCUCCUCCUCCUCCUUCGCUUACUAACCCGACUCGUGAUAAUCACUCGCUGGCUGCUCUGCCGUUCACUAGGGCGCCGAACUCUAGACUCAGGAUCGUUAAUAAAAGGAUCAAAUAUUCCACUUGAACUUUGCUCUCUCUCUCUCUCUCUUUCUUUGUAUCUUAAUCAAUCCAACCGCCUCAUUCAUUGAUUAUCUUUAUUGUCUUUGUUGUUGGGUUCGUACUCUCUCUCUCUUAUUAUAUUUUUUUUUUCUUCACAUGUUGUUACUAGUAUAAUCAGAACUCAUUUAUUAUCAUUAUUUGCUUAUUCUUAUUAGUUAUUUGAGUUAUACAUGAUUCUUG